ACGUGUCAAACAACUACGUCGCACACUGACAUUUGACACUGACAAGCAAAAUAUCAAUUCUAAACAACACGUCAUAUAUCAAAUUCAUAUAUCAAAAUUUUUACUAUCAAAAUUCUGCGUAGAACAUGGACACAGAAGAGGAGAAUAUCGGCUACCAGUUAGCGGAAAACUUUAUAUUCUUUCAAGACAUCGUAAAGAAUCCCGAAGAAGUGUUCGACUGCCGUUCGCAAGAAUACAAAUUAGCGAAUGCUUGGCUAAAUAAAUUGUCUAUGCUGGGGCUGGAGACGAUCGAUGACAUGCGUCUACGCAAUGUUUAUAUGAGUCAUCUGGUGGCUUGCCUGAAUUACGGUAAGCUGACUGCACCGUUCAACUCAAUGCCCAAACCGGAUGGUGGACUGGACAAAAGCGAUUUUCAGUCGCUGGAAAAGCCACGGCAGGCGGUCUGCCCACGUCCGAAACCCGGCAUGACGGCAUCACAGAAAGCCUGCCAACUGCCGCAAGGCGGCGGUAAACAGUGUGAAUGUGACUAUUUGUGCUGUGAUAAGAAUGAUCUUAAGAAAGAUUGCAGCAAUGUGGCUCCGACCGCGACGUUCGAUAAUAUUUGUGGCUACAUGAUGCAAUAUGUGAAUGUGCCCACAUGCUUGGACAGUCAGCUGCGCGGUACAGUGGAGCACAGUAAUUAUCAGACACACGACGUUUUUACGAACUAUGCCGAUCCAGCAGUGGCAACAACAUCAGCAGCCUUUUAUGGGCCCAAAGUUGAAGAGAAAGAGAAAUGUGUUGGUGGCGCUUAUGUUGCUAGUACCUGUGCAACGUGCGGUGAGAACUUGGAAUUCGAUCAUCAAUUGGUGCGCAGUCAAAUAACGACUUUACUGGAGGCCAUCGCCUCCGAACUGCGCGGCGAGCAGACGCCGGGCACUAAUGAUUACCUCGAGUAUGAGUUGGCGCGCUAUAAGAACUUCAAAUUGCAAUUUCCCCAGGUGGCCGAGAAGAUAUCCAAGUUGAAAGCAGAACAGUCGCUAAGAUCGUAUUUCUUGUUGAAUCUGCAAAAUGAUCUCGUGAAGCUGUUGAAUGACUGCUGCUUACAGCCCCAAAUGAAUAUGCGGCGGAAGUACAAUAUGCAGCAGUGACAGGGUUUUUAGAAUAUUUUUUUCUUCAUAUUUGAUUUACGUAUUAUUUGAGCGAUUGUGUGGGGGCUUGGUCCAUUCUUCGUGCUAUCUAUAUUUUAUGUUUGCGUUAUAUUCAUCCGAUCUGUAUGCCAUAGUUUGAGUUUGUGAAAAAUAAAACAAAAUGUGCGUCUUUUAACAUGA